AUCCGCGUUCUCCGCCGCACCAGCCGAUGCAUCGCUCCGCGCAUCCCCCGCUGUCCCACCUCGCGGCCGCACGCCUCGCCGCGUCAGAGCUCUCGGCGCGGCGUUGCUGCCGUCUUCUGUGCCACGUCACAACGCUCCUCUUAGCGCCAUUCCCGCCGGCGAGAGCGGUCGCUUCUGCGGCAUCGCAAUCCCGCGCAUCCGCCAUUGCGCCCUCCCCGCAACGCGCGUCCCGCAUUCCGGGCUUUCCGCUGCGAUCAUUUUCGUCGAGCUCGUGUGGAUUCAAAGCCACGUCACCCAACCGCCUAGCCACUUCAGCCUCCGUCUCACCUCUCUCCCCGCACCAGCCAUCCGCGCCCCUCCCGCCCAUGGCGUCGGCGGAGCCCUUCUCCGCUCCGACUACGCAAUGCGCCAGCUCCCCGGCCCCUUCCCCUCCUUCAUCCCCCCCCGCCUCUUCCCCUCCUCCGGCCCUUACCCCCCGCGUGCCGCUCUCGCGGCGCCUGUGGCGGAACGCGCCCAGCGCGCGCGCAGCAAUGGCGGCGCUGUACCACCCGUUCGUGCUGGCGCUGGGCGCGGGAUCGCUGCCGCGGCGGCGCUUCGUGCGGUACUCGCUGCAGGACGCCUUCUUCCUCUCCGCCUUUGCUGACUCGUAUGGGGCGGCGGCAUCACUCCUGGAUGGGGGCGAGGAGGAUGGGGAGGGGGUUCAGGAAGGGGAGGGGGAGCUGAGUGUGCGGGCGGUGCUGCAGCGGUUGCAGGGGGAAGCAGAUGGCGAGCUGGUGAUGCACGCAGGCACUGUGAAGGCAUGGGUUGAGGAGUCACGUGACCCAUCCCGAGCACGCACGGACCAGGAUGCGGGCGUCACUGCGGACGUCACAACAGACAGCGCCCCUCUGCCGGCCACUCUAGAGUACACGGCCUUUCUGGCGCACAUCGUGAGGGGGGAGAGGGGCGUAUGGGAUGGCAUGGGUUUGGGGGAGGAGAGGGGCGAGAAGGACAAAAAAAGCCACCCGUACGACCAUGUGAAUGGCUUCAGGCCCUCGGAGGAUCGGGUCUCCCCAGGUGCCCGUCGCUGGCACGCCCUGUGUGUGCUGGCGGCCAUGCUGCCGUGCAUGCGCCUCUAUGCCUUCAUAGGUCAGACCCUGGGGGGCGCCGUGUGGGGCAUGCGCGGAGUGGUGGGGGCGGCGAGGGGGGGAGGAGGUGAAUGUGGCAGCAGCGAGGUGUGCUUCAAGGGAGGGACGAGUCUGUCGGAGGGCGACUGGCAGUGGCACCCGUACGGCCAGUGGCUGCACACGUACUCGUGCCAGGGCUUCGAGGCAGCAGCAUCGCUCCUGGAGUCAGCAUUUGACCGCCUGUGGUCGCGCCACCUCCUCUCCCUGCAGCAUUCCUGCAGCUCCCAAUCCGCAUCGCAGCAGCACCUGUCAGAGCAGCAGCGGCAGGCAGAGCAGCACCUGUCACAGGUGUACGGCAGAGCCAUGCAGCUCGAGUUUGACUUCUUCCACGCGCAGCUCGCUCCCUUCCCCACUGCCCCGCCACUGCCACAUGCACCGCUCUCCGUGCUUUCCGUUCCCGUGUGGCCGGGCUUCUUUGCCCUGGCGUCACAUGGGCAGGCGACCGUGAGAAGGGAGGCGUCAGAAGCAGGAGGAUCAAGCAGGGCCGGUGCAAGGCGGGUGGUGUUGGCUGUGGACUUUGACGGCACGUGCACGGUGGACGACUCCAGCGCCCUGCUCGCCUGCCUGGCCCUCGCCCAGGCUGGCUCCAGUGCAGGCGCCCAGCAGGUGUGGGACGACCUGGUGCAGCGGUACGUGCAGGACCACUCUGGCUUCAUGGCCAGCAACCUGCCGCCCCACCCACCUGCUGCUGCACACAGGGACAGCAGCAGCAGCAGCAGCAGCAGCAGCAGCAAGACAAGAGACCAGCGCAGUGACAGUAACACCAGCAGCAGCAGAAGAAGCAGCGCCACCACCACCACCAGCGCUACCCCUGACCUUCCUCCUGGCCUCCUCCCCUUCCUCCACCGCCUCUCCUCCUUCGAGGCCAUGGCCAAUCAGCGCGUGACAGCUGUCGCCGCCCUGCAGGGCAUUCCCCAGCACGCCUUGCUGGCAGCAGCCAGGGAGGCUGCUGACGUGGCAGAGGGGGAAGGGGUGGGAGAGGGCAGGGGGAGCUUCAGGUCCGGGUGCCCGCGGGUGCUGAGGCGAGUGGGGGGGGAGGGGGGUGUGGUGCAGGUGGUAUCUGUGAGCUGGAGUGGGGCAUAUGUCAGGGAGGCUGUGAGGCACGCAAUGCUGAUGGAGGAGGGGGAGUGGGGAGAGAGGGGGAAGCAAGGAGAGGCAGAAGGGGUUGGGGAGAAGACAUGCAGUGGUGUGGGGGAGGAGGGUGGAGCAGGCGAGAACAGCAUGGUGGUGGUGAGGGCGAAUGAGAUGGAGUUUGAUGCACACGGUGUGUCCACGGGUGCAGUGGACUUCCAUGUGCAGGGGCCCAUGGAUAAAGACACCAUCUUCCAUGCCCUCACACAUGGCAAGCUCACACACGGUGGCCCCGAGCACGAGACUGCAGGUGCAGCAACACCAGCAGCGCCGUGUGCCCCCCUGUGGCCCUCCGCCCAUCCCGCGCUGUACAUUGGCGAUAGCACCACGGACUUGUUGCCCUUGCUGCGAGCGCAGGUGGGCGUGGUGAUGGGGGGAGGGGCGUCCAGCCUGGGCAGGGUCAUUCGGGCCUUCGGCAUUCACCGCCUGCCGCUGGUGGCGUUGGCUGUGCUGCACGUGCAGCAGGCUGCGGCGGAAGUGAAGGGGGGGGGGCGAGAGAGUGGCUGUCCUGAGCUGGUGGUGCCGCCAUGGACGGUGUUCGAUGCCUGCAGUUGGGAGGAGCUCGAGGUAUUCCUCUUUGGGCCCUACUCUCAGAAACCCUGACCUCUAGGCACUCUUCAAUUCAUUGUUGAUCAAUGGUUAU